AUGUACGAUCGAUUUCGACGCGAUCGUAUGCAACCAUGCUGGGUAUGCAAGUGGCUCGAAUGGGAUGAAGACUGGCUGAUUCGCGAGGAGGAUGUCGACACAACGCAAAUUGUAAAACCAGAUUUCUAUCGAUUGAUCGGCGAUCGAUAUGUAGAGUAUGGUGAUGGUGGUGAAUCAUUUCUUGUUUAUCCUGUAUGGAUUCAAGAGUACCUGUCAAUAAAUGAAAAAAAUCGAGAACGUCUUCUGGAGACCCUCCUAACACUUAAUGAAGAACGGCACGAUCAUCAUGCAGCUCCAUCACCAGUUGAAGAUAUUAUCGAUCCAGAUCUACUUGCUUUUCGUCCUCCAUCAUUCGAUCGAACGCAAUGGAUCGAACGUCGGCGACGACAAUUAGAACCAUUAGAAAGAGCAUCGAGAUAUUUCCAGCGUGAUUUAGCCGAUGGAGAAUAUGAUCAGUUAUCGGAGCAUGAACAACUACGAGAUACCUAUCAAUGGUUACCAUCAGAAUUCAUUAUUCAAACAGAUGGUAAAGUAGACAUUCGAAAACCGAUUCUUCAUUUACCAGUAAUACCCAAAUAUCGUCGAACGUACGGUGCAAUCGCACAGAUUUUUCAUGCAAUGUUGCCAAUGUUUCAACAAAUAAAAGUGGUCUCAAAGGAUACCACCAGAGAGCAACGCUUGCAAGUGAUUGUCAAAGCACAAAGUUAUAAUAUGAAAGCCGGUAAGACAGGUUUUGUGGAACUCAAAUAUAUUUUAAAAUAA